AUGCCGCAGCGAAGCGAGGAUGUGGUUGAUCUGCUGCCUGGCCCCAUCUGGCACAUCAUCAUCCGCCACCUACGGGCACAUCAUUUUCCGGAAAAUCAGGGUGAAUCCUCGGGUGCAUUGCAGCAGAAAGCAGGCGGCACCGCGAACGCCACAACUCUUCCGUUUCCUGCCAUCACGUGGCAGCAUGCGGAGGCAUUGCGGAGCUCUGGCGCCUCUUGGCCUCUGCUGUUCUACGCCAUGGCCAGCAAGAGGCUCCUCCGCCAUGUUGCCUCCUUCGCCUCAUCGUGCGCUGCUUCCCUCGCUCCAUCGUACAACCUUACUCGUUUCACGGAAUGGUUCUCUACCAUCGCUGUGACCAUCUAUGUGGCCAUCUAUGUGACCAUCUAUGUGACCAUCUAUGUGACCAUCUAUGUGACCAUCUAUGUGGCCAUCUAUGUGACCAUCUAUGUGACCAUCUAUGUGGCCAUCUAUGUGACCAUCUAUGUGACCAUCUAUGUGACCAUCUAUGUGACCAUCUAUGUGACCAUCUAUGUGACCAUCUAUGUGACCAUCUAUGUGACCAUCGCUGUGUGUGAGCAGGAGUUGGAGCCCAUGACACUCGUUUUCAACACAGGAAUGCUCUCCUUCUUCCUGCGGCACGUAGCUCAGACAUCUCUUGAUCUCCUUCUCAACAGCCCCCAAGAUCUGGACAGCAUCGGCCGUCUCUUGCAGCCCUCUAUACGCUCCCUCACAAACCUGUGCAUUGGGCUCAAGGAACCACCCGGGGGAAUUGAGCCUAUCAUUAAGGAGAUUCACCUGAUGAAUCUGGCAUUCCUCAAGGAGUUCGAGAUUCUGCAGCGGGUGAAGCUAGCAUUUCUCAACGUGGAUUGCACAUGCGGUAGCCGCCCCUCUCUCGACUCGCUCUCUCUCAUUGGCCGCUCGCAGCUUCUCCGCACUGUGACCCACCUGCUCAGCAGCAUAGCGCCUACAGUGGAGUUGCUUAUAGUGAGGUACGGCUGGCCUCUGGAGGGCGUGCGUGUGGAGUGGAGCCGACUGAGCCGCCUCGCCGUUGGUGUGCACCUGUGUGGUGUGCACCUGUGUGGUGUGCACCUGUGUGGUGUGCACCUGUGUGGUGUGCACCUGUGUGGUGUGCACCUGUGUGGUGUGCACCUGUGUGGUGCGCACCUGUGUGGUGUGCACCUGUGUGGUGUGCACCUAUGUGGUGUGCACCUGUGUGGUGUGCACCUGUGUGGUGUGCACCUGUGUGGUGUGCAUCUGUGUGGUGUGCACUUGUGUGGUGUGCACCUGUGUGGUGUGCACCUGUGUGGUGUGCACCUGUGUGGUGUGCACCUGUGUGGUGUGCACCUGUGUGGUGCAUGCACAGUGGCUAUGGAUGCCAUCAUGGGGCGUGGUGUGUGCACCUGUGUGGCAUGA